AUGUAUAAAGCUAUUGAUGAUAAAAUGCCAGCUGUCUGCGUAUUCGUCGACCUCGCCAAAGCGUUCGAUACGGUCUGCCAUAAUGAAUUAUUGUUGUCAUUGGAGGGAAUAGGGGUUCGAGAGCUCGAAAAACAAAUGAGGGCAGUAAAGGAAUCGUCAGUUCAGAACCACGAGAAGUAUUCAAAGACUCAGUUGGAUAAUUUCGAUUUGAAGCAGCAGAUUAUAUCCUUGAAACAGCAGAUAGAGGAAAUGGAAUCGAGAAAUGAGGAAAGAUCACAAGAAGAAAAUGAGAGGUGGAGCGAACUCCUGGAGAAAAUAAGACGCGAACAAAGAGCAAUAUCUGAGUACAUCUCUAAAAAGAUAUCAACAUGCGAGGCUAAUGAAGGUAAUCUUCAGAUUAUAAUAAAGACAAUAGAAGCGGAUCAGAAACGGUUGACGAAAGAGGUCGAAGAUUUGGCCAAGGAUGUAGUUUCUGCAAAGAAGACAGCUUGUAGUCUCAAGCAGCAGGAGAAAAGACUUAAACAAGAAAAUAAUACGAAAGCCAAAAUGAUUGAUGAAAUGAUACACGAAAUGGGAAUACUGAAAUCACAAAUGAAAAAACAUCUGUCAGAUACAAUAUUGGACGAAUCUCCGAAAUUACGAGAGUUAUAUACCGAAUUAUGUCGGUUAAAAGAGAAGAACUUCUUAUUAGAAGAAGCAAAUGAAGAUAUGAAAUCUAGUCUUUUACUUGCUGGACUCGAACAUGGUCAGCUCUUAACACACAUUAAGAGAGUUAGUGCUGAUCUAACUUCUAUGACCAAAGAAGAGAUCCACAAAGCACUGAAAGAAGAGCAGAACAAUUCUAAACUCUUGAUCUAUAUUGAUAGAAUACUAAGCAAAAUAGUGGAGACAUAUCCCCAGCCUUUGGAGGCCAAACAAAAGACUGAAGACACACUUAGCAAAUAA